GGAGUGAUUUUGUAUGCAUCAGUUUCAGAGGCUCUUGUCAAGUAGUUUUGUACAAAUCAGUUAGUUACAUAAUCAUUGUAGUCAUUCAAUCAUGGAAUUUGAUGAUUCGAUGUUCGAGGAGUCAACCGGCCGGGAAAAGAAAAUUACGUUGCAGCCGUAUGUAGCACGAUAUUGCGAGAAGCUGUGGUUUAUGAGCAGUAUUUAUCUGAUCAAGGGACCGAACGGAAAACCCUUGCCCGACUCACCAACACCGAGCUUGGCCUCCGCCGCCGUCCCCAAGUCGACCGAGCCUUCGUUUGAGCCUGGAUGUGAGAAGUUGAAAUACUGCACAGACUACUUCUAUCAUCGGAAAAGCUAUCACGCUGCACUGUCCUGUGCCUUGGCUGGACACAAAUGCACGCCGGAGCACCGGACUAGCUUGCAGCGUGACUUCACCGAGACCAUUGUGCACUGUGCACUGCGUCUGGAGCAUGCCAGCGUUGCACUGCCACUCGCUAUAUCAUUGCUGGUUGCAACUCCUAAUGACCUCUCGCUUUGGCAGCUGGUGGCUGACUGCUUCUUCUGUGCUGGACGACUUCACGACGAGCUGCUUUGUCGGCAGCGUUGCAUCUGGCUCAAUCACAUCACGUUCGACUCGUGGCUAGCGCUCUACGCGGCGUACACCUCAGCCGCUGAUCUAGGCCCGUGCCGGUGUCCAGCGCCACGCUCAGAGAGCACUGGUGGGGAGUCUGAGCAGGCUCAAGGCACGCACAUCGCGCAGCCGACCGACUGCGCCAGUUGCAGCUGCUUGCGCGGACUGGACCGCGUUGAUUACGACGCCGUCCUGAAGCAGUGGUCGCAGACGUUUGGCUGCGCUGACGAUGCACAGGUAGACGCCGAAGAGCUUGUUCAGCGCUAUGAACCCGCACCCAUCAUUCAGCUACUCAAGCCUAAACAUGUGCUGGAGAGUGAGGAGAAGGAGCUUGAGAACGAUGGUGAGCUCGCCGCCAGUAAGAAGACCCCGGCAGAGAGUUCCCCACUGAGUCGGAUUGCAGCACUGGACUUGCAACCAAUCACCAGCCAACGCUGUCAAGGAACACACGAGGUGGCGGUAGCUUGUCUCGCUCAUGCCAGGUGUCACAUAGAGCUCAGCUGUCACCUAUCAUCAUCGUUUGCUCGGCGGAGAGCACAGGCUGUCCUUGACAAGGUCGUGAAUGUCACGAAGGACUGCGCGCCUGCAUUGGAGUCGUACGCUGCCUGUCGAAAAGCUUUCUCUCUUGCUGCGCAGAAUGCCAAAAGUGAUGAGAACAUGAAUGGAGAGGGUUCAGCGGCGACGGCGACAGACGACAACGAAGUGUACGGACGCGUGCGCACGCCGCAGCGCAACACCCUGCUCAGCUUCGGCAAGACCUGGUUCCCGUGGCUGUCCAGCACUCCUUGGUCAACGACGGCAGUAACUGGUGGUGCAGUGUGAGCACGAUGCAAUUCAGGGGUGCAUGCCCGCCUUGAUAAGCAGACUACCACGAGCAUGGGAGUAUGGUAUAGUACCCAACUUAUAUUGAAUUCAUCGCGUGCUGAUCUCCUGCGACUGCCAGUCCACACAGACAAAGCCGGUAUCUUCGCAGCAUUUGAGCAGUAGACUCGGCUUCAAUGUUGGCGCUUCACCUGAUGUGGGUACUGGAAUGUGUGGCGAAUGCAACACGUCUGUAGCGCCGUCCAGCGACCUGACUCCUUGCACAUCCAGCAGCCCCCAGGUAGAGCUGGAAAUAGCUGCGACCCUCUGUACCCGUCCAUCAAGUCCGAAUGAUGGCAUGGAGCGGGUCCCUGUCCCCCCUGUGAUGCAUACUAGAAAACACGGCUGCACAAGAACUCCAACGACGAGCGGGGUGUAGAAACCCAGUGAAAUUCAGCCGUCAAGCAGAGGUUUAUCCAUCCUAGGUAUCAGACCGGUUUGAAACACCAUGUCAUCCUUAUAAGCUGGUACCUCUACUCAAAGCUCACAAGCUUCUACUCAAGUGUGUAUUUGUGUCCUCUCUCUCCGUCUCGGCAGCAGUAGGUGCAGUUGAAGCACCCUACAAGUAUUUAUUGGGUUAUGACUUCCACAGUCUAAACGCCUAUCUCGUUAUCUUGCUAUAAUCAAUUAUUUCCGGCUGCUCUAAGCCAGCAAGUGGAACAAGUUAUCUCAACAUUUAGUAUUAUCUAAUUUAUCUUCAGCCUUUCGAAGGGUGCGUCGACUCAAUUGCAGGCACUUCGUUCAUUAUUGUUAUCUCCAAAAUUCCUUUCAACUGUCUCGAUCUUCAGCUUCAGCUUUUCAUUAAUCCGAACAAGUCAACAAUGCAAUGACCAGUGCAGGUUAUUGUUGAUUCACAAUUCACGGCGGUGUUAGCAUUCUGUUCGUUGGGCUAGAAUCAGACAAGUCCACAUCUAAA